GAUAGUGAUGCAGAGGGUCCCAGCAGCGGCGCCGAGGACAACGCCAGCGAGGAGGUUGCGGAACAAGAGGAGGAGGACGAGGACGCCCCUCUCGGUGCCGAGGGCGCCGCCGGGAAGGAGGCCGAGGAGGCCGAGGAGGCGGAGGAGGCGGAAGAGGCGGAGGCAGAGGAAGAAGCAGAAGAAGAAGAAGAAGCAGAGGACGGCGAGAGCGAGGGCGGCGAGGCGGAGGCGCGCCAGCGCGGGGCCGCGGCGCACGGCGGCGCGGCGGCGCGGGCGGCGCAGGCCGCGGGCACCGGCGGCGGCACGCUGGACUUCUACCCCACCUUCUGGUCGGACCCCCCGUCGCCGAUUGCGGGGCCCGAUCCGGUGGGCGGCAGCGCGGCGGCCGAGGCCGCCGCGGGCCGUGGCGCCUUCGCCCUGCCGGGCCUCGCCCGCUGCGAGGUCAGAUGUCGCGACGUCUCUGCUCUGCUCCAGUAUCUGCAGAAGCCCCAGGGUGCAGUUGAGGCCUGGCGGCGCUGCGCGCUCGCGCCGGGGCUGCGGGAGCGGUUCGAGGAGUGGCUUGAUGCCGAACAUCUGGACAUCGGGGCGGCCGAGGGCGCCUUCUUCCUCUUCCUGCACUCCUACCUCGACGUGGCCUUCCCGCAGCACUCCCACCUGAACGCGCGGGCCGUGCGGGCCUUCUGCGUGCUCCAUGUAGUGGACCACGUGGUCAAAGCGACGAGGGAGGUUCUCGCGAACAGCGCGAAGCUCAACAGCGAGCGGAGGAAGGGCCACGGCGCCGUGGGCGCGGAGGACGUCGCCCCCGACCAGGGCUUCACGCGGGCCCGCGUGCUGGUGAUCUGCCCGUUCCGCUCGGCCUGCCACGAGCUGGUGACGACGUUCUUGGCCUUGGUCCCGGGCGUCAAGCAGAUUACGAACCGGAAGCGCUUCGACGAGGAGUUCGGCGGCGGAGACGCAGAGGAAGACGAUGCGCAGCCACCUGAUUGGAGUCAUCUUUUCAAGGGGAACAACGACGACAAUUUCAAGUUCGGCUUGUCGCUGGCCAAGAAGACCGUGCGGCUCUGCACGCCCUUCGACCGAAGCGACGUGAUCUUCGGCUCGCCCCUUGGUCUGAGGAUGAUCACGGGCGCCGAGGGCGAGAGGAAACGCGACUUUGACUUUCUCUCCUCGAUCGAGGUGUGCGUCGUCGACCGCGCGGACGUGCUGCGGAUGCAGAACUGGGAGCACCUGGAGGACGUCCUGGGCGUUGUCAACAGCAAGCCGCAGGGCCUCCAGGGCAUCGACAUCUCGCGGCUGCGCCCCGCCUUCGCGGAGGGCCGCGCGCGGGCCUUCAGGCAGACCGUGGCGACCUCCGCGGGGCAGAGCAUUGACGCCGACUCCCUCUUCAGCAAGGGCGCGUCGGAGUCUGGCACGCAGGCGAAGCUCCGGUUCGGCGCCGGUCGCGGCCGCGGCGGAGCCCGCAGCAAGGGGCAGGCGGGCGGGCGCUUCGACAGCGAGGACGAGGAGGACGAGGAGGACGUGGGCCUUCCGGGCUCGCUGCUGGCCGCGGCCAGCGCGCCAGGGGUAUCCCGCUCGUGCCGCGGCCUCGUGAAGCUGUUCGCGCCGCCGGACGGAGGGGCGCUGCAGCGCUCCACCGCGCUGGGCGUGACCAGGCAGUUCUUCCUUCACGUCGCCAGCGGGUCCCUGCAUGAGCAGAACGACCGGCUGUUCGAGGCGUUCCAGAGCAGGUAUUGGAAGCCGCUGGGAAGCACUUUGGAGCGGCUCAUGGUGGUCGUCAACUCGUAUUUCAACUUCCUGAAGUUGCGGCAGUGGCUCCGGGACGAGGGCGUCUCCUUCUGCUCCGCCUUCGAGUACUCGAAGAACCAGGAUCUUAGCAGGGCGAGAAUGAGGUUCUUCCACGGAGAGCGGCGCCUGUUGCUGGUUACGGAACGUUUUCUCUGGUACAGGCGGUACCGGCUCAAGGGUGCCGACUACGUCCUCUUCUACGGCCCGCCCGAGACGCCGGAGAUUUACGAGGAGGUGCUCGGCGGCGUGCGCGCGCCCUCGCAGUGCAACUCCAUGUGCCUGUUCACGAAGCAAGACGGGUUUGCCCUGCAGCGCAUCGUGGGCGACCAGCGCGCCCAGAGGAUGCUGGCGUCGCCCCCUGGCAAGGUCUUCGCCUUCAGCUGA